GAAUUGUAGAAUAAUUUACUAAAUUAUUUUAAAUGUGAGGUGUUCACUAUAAGGAUCAUCGCAUGGACGUUCUUAUAAAAACGACCAUCAAUAUAUUAUAAUCAUGUAAAAUAUUCGACGGUAUGAUAAGUCGAAAUAUUUGAAUGUUACUUGUUUCGUCCGAUGUCCAAUUAUUGUAUAGUGGACAAGUGGAUAAUCUGUCAAAUUAUGCGGAAGAAUGUUAAUAUUUUUUUGACAAAUUCGAUGUGUUUUUUCUUAUGACUAUCUACACCUAGUCACCGAAAAGGCAACACAUCAUGAAGUCUCUAAGAAAACCGCAUAGCACUAGUCAGACUUGCUCCUGUACGUCUUGUAUAUUCAAUAGCGAUACUGAUGGUCAUUCUCUACAAAAGUUUUUGGUGAGUGGCUCUAAAAUAGAUCGUCUUUACUAUGGAAAAUAUAUUCCCCUUCGAGAAAGAAAACUUUUAGAUAAAUUGGUAAGAACUAGAGCAGUUUAUGAUGAUAUUAGAGCUCAGUUAGUCACAGAUAGUACAGGGAGUUUACAGAAAAAUGCGAAUUUUAAACAUUAUUCAUCAGGCAGUGAACUUGAUGAUAUAGAAAAAAGCAGUGCUAUUUUGGAACUAGUUAAUUUAGUAGAUAAAGGUGCAGCUAUAAAAUCAUCAAAACUUAGUGAAUGUUGUAGCUGCUGCAGUUGUUCGUUGAAAAUGCGGACAGGUGAUCAUAAACAGAAACAUCACAAACAUAAACAUGUGGCAGAAAAACAAAGAUAUGAAUUUAAAAGAAGAAGAGGAGUACGAUUUAAAGCUAAACACAUAAAAUCUGAUCCUUGCACCUGCACGUUUCAAUUCAGUAGUAGAGCGAAAAUUCAAGCAAAACCGGAAUUCGAAGAUAACAAUGAAAGUACAGAUACAAAAGCUCAGGCGAAUAAAUUCAAAGCAAUAGCAAUAAAAUCUUUACAAAAACUUGAGGAUUCUAAAACAAACCUCAAAAACAAAAUAGAUGCGGGUAUGAUCAAUUUUCAAGAUUCUAAAACAAAGCUACAAGAGUCUUUGGCGCUUCAUACUAACGAAUCGUUGGGAAAAAUUAAGAGGAUGAAAGAUCGAUUAAAAAGGAAUCAAGAGUUUCCAGAAAGAAUGGCAUUCGAUACCGAUCUGGUAAAUGAAUACCAAACUAAAACAAAUCGAUUGAAGAACCUUGCAAAAUCGUCGCGCGAUAAACUAAAAAUUUCACAAGCCAAGUUAAAAAAUAAAAUGCUUGAAGGAGGUGAGAUAAUGCAGUUGCAGAUGAAGAAAUCUCUAGAGAAAAUGAAAAAAACUAAAGAUAAAAUUAAAUCUAUAGUAUGUGAAUGUCCUGAAUAUAUUUCAGAAAAGGAAAUAGAUUUAGCUUUUAAAGCCAAGAAGGAAGUAGGUGAAAAAGUGGAUUUGCAGGUUAAAAAAUCUUUAGAGAAAAUUAAAAAAACUAAAGAUAAAAUUAAAUCUGUAAUAUGUGAGUGCCCUGAAUAUAUUUCAGGAAAAGAAAAAGAAUUGUCAUUUAAAAUAAAAAAAGAAGGACGUAAAAUUCGGGAUUUGCAGUUUAACAAAUCGCUAGAGAAAAUGAAAAAAUCUAAGGAUAGAAUUAAAUCUGUUAUAUGUGAUUGUCCUGAAAAAGAAUUAGCAUUAAAAAUAAGAAAGGAUUCCAUUCGAAAGUUUAAAGAAAACUUGAACAAGAAACAAUAUUUAGAAGAUUGGAAAUGUGAGAAUGAUUGCAUCCAAGGAGUAUGUAUUGCAGAAGAAUGCUAUGAAAAAUUAAAAAGAAAGGCUCACAAAAAGAAAAUACGUGAUAAACGUUAUAGAUACUCCAGUAAGCGAAAAAUGAGUAGUCGAGAAGUAACUGUUAGUAUAUUGCCUAAAAAAUCAAACUCUGGAAUUCAAGCACAAAAAAUCGUAGUGCACAAAGGCACAAAAUAUACAAACACACAGAAAGGUGUUAAUAUUAAUAACAGGUAUAAGGAAAACAAAGAAAAAGGCCUGGAAUAUUCUAAAAACAAACGAAAAAUAAAGACACGAUCACCGUUGUCAUCGUUCAGUUCUGAACAAACUAAGGGAUCGCGUCCAGCAGUUAGAAUUAGUUCUUCGGCUAGUUUUAACAUUCAAUUUGUUAAGAAUAAAUCAAAUUCAAAUGUAAAAAAGGGAACUGAUAUUGAGCCAUCACCCACUACACAAGUUAGUCGUUUAGGAAGAAAGCUAAUUUUGUCCAAACACAAGAAGGGAUCGCAGGUAAAGUUAAACAAGUCUAUAAAAGAUAUAAAGCAGAAAGGUUAUGCUCUUAAAAGAUGCUUUUGUACUUUGAAACUAAAGCCAAAAAGACGGAAAUCAGUAUCUCAGAAGUCUACUGGUACUAUAUCUACAUUUAAAAGUUACGAAGGAAAUAUUAAUGGUCAAUAUCGAAUGGAAACUAGAAAUUUUAAUAGAAAUAAAAUUAACAGUGAAUAUCAUAAUGAGAAGCUUUUGCCUUAUGAGUGUGAGCCCGGUAUUUGUGUGCCAUACAAAUGUAAUCCAUACCAUUGUCUAAAAAUACAAAAUAAAAGGUUGGCUUCUAAGAAGAGAAUCCGUACCAAAAAUUCUUACACUACCAGUUCUAGAAAAACAAGAUCAACAUCAAGCGUUACACCCAAAGAAAAGACUUCUAAAGCAAAACAUGUGCAGUCUGCUAUAAUACCGAUACGAAUGCAUGUACCAAAAAAGGAAAAAGGAAAUUUGCAAACCAAAAAUGGUGUCACAGAACCCAAUCGCAAUGUUGUGCGCAUUGGUUCAACUAUAAGUUUCAAUAUAGAUUUCUAUAGGGACACAGGAAAUCAACAAUUACUUCCCAAACAAACCCAUGAAAAAAGCUUUAAUCUCCAUGGUUUAAAAUUACAACCAAAAAUGAAAGAUAAGAAACAUAUUAACCAAAAGCCAAAAAAAAUCAAAGAAAAGAAAUAUAAAAAUCUGCCUAUGAUGUCCAGUACAGCGACUGAAACAAGUGGGAAUUUUUAUAAAAAGACGCGCAGUAAGGCAACUAAAACAGGAAGCAAUUUGAGCUAUUAUUACCAUCUUGAACCGUACGAAUGUGAGCCUUUUACUUGUAUUCCAGGAGAAUGCGAUCCAUAUAUUUGUCUUCAAAAUAUUAAGAAACGUUUAAAGAAUACAAAAGAAAUCAGUCUCGGUACAAUCAAUCCUGAGAGUAGAUCGACAUCGAGUUACACAUAUUCAUACGGAAAAUACAAAGAUGUCUACGUUCAAUCUAAGCCACAUACCAAAGUGCAGAAAGUUUCAGUAAAAACAAAACCCAAACCUUUGAGUAAGAUCGUGUAUACCCCCAAAAUAUCAAACAUUCAAAAUAAAUUAAGAAAUUCAGUAUCUGUGGGAUCUACAUUUAGUUUUAAUGUAGAGUUUUCUAAAACUUAUAAUGCAAAGGAAGCCCAGUUAGAUUUAUCACCGAUUCCAUUAGACGGUAAAACAAAAAGAAAAGUGAAACACAAGGGAAUUAAAUUAGAUACAAUUACAGUGGAUAACAUCGAUACACAAAUGGAAAGAAAUAAAAAAAUAAACAAAUCAUCUGUUGUUGGACCAAUUUUGAAAAGAUGUUUCUGUACACUUAAUUUAUAUAAGAAACGUAGGAGAGAUAAGGAUAAAUAUUAUCAUAUUCCUAAGAAUACGAUGUACACAGUUAAUACAGCUUUAAUAAGUAGUAGAAUGCAGAGCCGACUUGGUUUAUGUGGCAAAAGUGAAGAAUAUACUUCUGAAAAUCAAUCAACAUAUGAAAUGUCAAGAAAAAAUAGCACUUUGCAUAUUUUAAAUCAAGAAAGAAAAUAUUCUAUAGGCAAACAAUCUUUGGAAAUAAAUUCAGAUCUAAGUAUAAAUGUAAAACUAAUUAAAAAAUCUUCACACCGCCAAUUUUUAUUAAAUCAAACAAAAUGUCAAAAGGAAAUCGUUAUAGGAAAUUAUGAAAGUUUUGAAAAAUUUAAAGAUAAUUACAUUUAUCCAGUAUCAAUAAAUCAAACAAAAACUGGCCUUGCUCACUAUUUAAAUAGCUGCAUUUACUCUAUGAAUAUGCAGGUAGACAACAAAAAAGUAAUGAAUAGAAAACUCAAGCCGUACGAAUGUGAACCAGGCGUUUGUAUACCCGGGCAAUGUGAUCCCUAUGAAUGCCAAAAAUUGAUAAUGAGGCGACUACAAAAAAGAAUUUCUAAGUCAUCUGGUACUCGAACAGAUUCUAGAUCAAUGUCUAGUAGUCAAACGCAGGAAACACCCACCAAAUCACAUAUAACUAAUGUAUCUCUGAAACCCGAGUAUAAAAAGAAACCAACAGUACAGAAAAUGUCAAAGCCCAAAGACAGAAGCCAAGUUGUUCGAGUGGGAUCAAAUUUUAGUUUUGAUGUUGAAUUUUAUAAAAAACGUUCAAAUAAGCCAGGCAAAAUACAAUAUCAUGACGAUUUUUACUCCCAAGAAAAACCGCCAAAGCGAACGAGAGAAACAAAAGAAAAAAAAAUAGAAACAAACUCUGAUACUCAAGACAGUGGAUCACAGUCGAAACUACAUAAAGUAAGAGCUAAAACCUCUCAAGCUUUGCAAGGUGUACAAAGAUGUUUCUGUACUUUGAAACUACAAAAGCAAGGUAAGCUAAAACAAAAAGUGAAAAAAGAAACUGCCAAUACAGUGCGAAAAGAAUCAAUCAGUGUGAAAACGGUAAAUAGAGGACAGAAUACAAAACCCAUUAAAAUUACUCGAGAAUUAUUGCCAUAUGAAUGUGAACCAGGUAUGUGUAUACCAGGUGAGUGUAAUCCAUAUGAAUGCCUCGAAUUGAUUAAUAAGAGGAAACGCAAAGAAAAGGGUACCGAUACAGUGUUGCGUAAAAAAAUAACUACUUCUAGUGCAACGAUAAGCACGGUACAUAAACGUAAAUCGCGAGCAACUUAUGUACAGCCAAAACGCCAACCGAAAUUCAAUUCUGAGAUAGUGAAACCAAAGUAUAAACAGGUUACGUAUCCUCAUGAUACUGGAAGACAAACAGUGAGAAUUGGCUCUACCUUUAGUUUUAAUAUUGACUUCUAUAAGGAUAGCCCACCUUCUGAUAAUCAAGUAAGUGUUAUUAAAACUGACAAGUAUACUCACAGUAAUAAAGUUCCUCAAAUUCCCGUAGCCAAAGAAAGAAGAAAUAAACAGAAUUUUACACAUCUGAAGUCUCAAUCGCAAAUAUCACAAACGUUAAAAGUACCACAAAAAACUUCGUCAGUAGAUGCAAAACCUUUUUUACAACGAUGUUUUUGCACUUUACAAUUACGCAAAAAAGAAAAGCAAAAACAAGAAAAGAAAAAGAUCCAUAAUGUCAAAGAAAUACGACAGAAAAAUGUUAAGACAAUGACAAAAGAUAUAAAAGAUGUUCAAGAACUUCUUCCAUAUGAAUGUGAGCCUUCAUUUUGUAUACCAGGCGAAUGUGAUCCAUUAGUUUGUUAUGAACGAAUUAAACAGAGAAAUAAAAGAAUUAAAAGUUUGGGCACGGAGACAAAAACUCGAACAAAAAAAUCAACUGGCAGUACACCAACAUCUAAGAAACAAAAACACAAAAAGAUACAAUUUCAGCAUGUCGAUGAUGAGCCAAAACCGAUAGCGAAGCCAAGUAUACCUAAACCCAUAGUUGAAAGUGGACAAAAACAAGUUGUACGAAUUGGUUCGAAUUUCAGCUUUAAUGUAGAAUUUUUUAAAGAUUCAGGGCUUAAUAGUAACAGAAUACAAUAUGAUGAUUCACAAAUUCGAAAAAAUAAAACCAAAUAUAUAAAACAAGACAAAGAGGAAUUGCCAAAACCUGCUACCAAAAAACACAAAAUUGUACAAGAUAAGAAAUCUUUGCAUGCUGGUCAGUCACAGACAUUAACUACAUCCAAAUCUGUGAAAUCUGGUAUUAUAUCAAAUUUAGAAAGGUGCUUCUGUACGCUGGCACUUAUAAAAGAUAAGAAAACCAAAAAGAAAGCCAACAGUAAGGAUGAAAAGGUACAAUUGAAAAAAAAUAAAAAGGACAAAAUAGAAAAGAAAGCUAAAAAAAAGAAAAAAGGUAAAGUAUCAAAAGCUGUGGAUAAAGAUGUUCAAACGACUAAAUCUUCAGCAUCAGCAAUUAGUUCUUUCAUUAAAAAUUGUUUAUGUGCUCUCAAAGAAAAUACAAAAAAACAAUCACCAAUGGUAAAAGUAGAAAUAAAACCACAUAAACAAAAACAAUGGAAACUUGAACCUUAUGAAUGUGAACCUGGUGUAUGUAUACCGGGCCAAUGUGAUCCAUACAAAUGUGAAAAACGCAUACAGAAACGAUUAUUUCGUGAGAAUGCAACAGAGACUAAACACAUAAAAUUCAAGACUCACUCUAGUUCUACGCCUACUAAAACGCAUAAAAGCCGUAAUGUUAAAACAAAACCUUUAAAACUAGAACCAGCAAAAGAAAAGAAAGAAUUGCCUUUAGUUGUGCCUAAAUCGAAACCAAAUCAUUCAGUUUCUUUAGAUCGUGAAGAAAAUAAUAAGCAAACUGUAAGGAUAGGUUCAUCAUUUAGCUUUGAUAUAGAGUUUUUUAAAGAUAAAUCGACACCUGAUUCCAUACGAAAGAUACCAACGCGUUUAAAAGCUAUCGAUUCAGGAAUAUCAAAAAAAGAAAAACCUAAAUAUAAAUCUACAGGACAGCAAUCAUUUCAUAAUGUGAAAAAAUAUGAUUCAUCACAAUUAUCUACUAUCAAAACGCAGCCCAGCAGUACGAUUACCGAUCCGAUACUGAAAAGAUGUUUUUGCACUUUGCAAUUUCAUAAAAGUGCAGCACGUCUGAAUAAUAGCCACAAUGCACAAAAGAAGCCAGCACGAAAUAAGAAAAAAGGAGAAAUACCGAAACAAAAAACUACAUCUACUAAAAAUACCACUACUAUAUCGUACAUGACGUGUUCUAAUGAUUGUCCGCCUUUAAUGUGUAUUCCAAAUAAGUGUAAGUCUAAAGUAUGUAGAGAAAAACAUAUCAAAACAGGCACAAACAAAGUCGCUAAUGAGGAUAAAAUAUUACAUAAGGCUGUGGAAGCAAAAGUACUUUCCAAAAAAUCAAAAAAAGUACAAGCUCAAGUAAAAGAUACCAUAUCAUUGAAAUCUUACAAAGAACAAGAAAAAGGUAUAGUGGAAAUACCUCGCUUUAGUAAUUAUUUCAAAAAAGAAAAUAGACAAGCUCUCAAAUUUGGUUCAAAUAUUUCUCUUAAUAUCGAAUUUUAUAAAGAAUUACUACCUCCAGUUCCUCUUGACAUGUCAGAUAAUAAAGAAGAAGAUUUGAAACCAAGUAAAUAUGAAUCAUGUGAUAGAUCAAAUUGUUUAAACUUAAAGAAGAAAAAUAUACCAGCAUUACGAGCAAAUGUGCGUAGUAAAAAGUCACAAAUUGAAAAAUGUCAAACAACAAAUAAACGAUCUAACACAGCCAAUAAGUUAAAAAGAUGUUUUUGUACCCUGAAGUUACAAAAAAGUAAAAAUGAAAAUAUCGCAUCUAAGGCGCCUUAUUCACAAGUUAUUGAAGUUCGUAGAGUAGAAAUUCAGAGCAAUAAAAAGAAAAUAUCUAAGAAAACUAAUACCGAAUGCAGAAAUGUGUGUACUAAAAUUGAUGCUGCGUUAUUAAACUCUGACAAAAAAUAUAAACCUUCAUCACAAAAAAAUACCAACAAUAUGAAAACUAUUUUACCAUACCAACCGACCAAAUUUAAAAAGAAUGUGAGCAAAACUCUUGUAAACUAUGGUAAAGCAUCAAUCCGAAAACGCCCUGUGAAGCCUUCCAUUACUAUCUCCCAAAAAGGUAAACGUUUAACCAGGAAAAAGAGUCAAAACGCUUUUAAUUGCACUGAACUUUCUUCCUCUAAUCAAACAAAUAAAUGCGCUAUUAAACGGUACCUAUGUCGCUGUGCAAAUAAUGCUUUGAAAUCAGGAAAGCCAAUAUUUUCAGAAUCAGUAUGUGAUGAAAUUGCAAAUAACAAGGAAAAACAAUUUAAACAGUCGAAUAAAAAAGUUCCGAAAAAAACUAAAAAUGUAAACCUAAAAUGUGGACCAUGCGUUGGUGACCUAAAAACUUCUCAUAGUGAGCGUCAAUCAAAACAUUUAAAAGAAGUAUCUGCAGUAAGGAUUUCGAAAAGUCUUAAACUAUCGCAUAAAGAUAAAAAUAUAUCAAACUUGGAUAAAUUGAAGAUUCUCAAGACUGAUCUACUCCAAAAAGGCGAUGAGUAUAAGGCACCUUUAUCUAAACUGAUGAAAUCUGCAAUGAAGUCCACGGAUGAUAAAAAAUUUGUUUGUUCAAAAUGUUUGGCUAUACAUAACAAUACAGAAAGGAAAAAUUUAAAGGUUAAUUUCAAGGAUUCUCCUCAUACCAUAGAAAAACAAGGAAAAUCAAACAGAAAAAAGAGAUUGCCUAUACAAACAAACGCCCAAAAAAUAAAGUCCAAAAAUGUAUGUGAAAAUUGUGCUAAAAGUAUUGAUGAAAAAUGUAAAUAUUGUAAAGUUUGUUUCAAAUCUGAGAGCCAAUUUAAACAAUAUUUUAAUAUUUUCAUGAAACAAAUCGAAAAGUUGCCUGUAAAGACUUGGAUUAACAAAAUACAACAAAAGGAGUUUAUAAAAAAAGAAUCUCCACAGCCAUUAUUUGAUGUUUAUCUGGAGUCGGAUAGUUUAAAAAUUAUCAACAAAGAUGAAGUUGAUAAAAAAGUUAAAGAACUAUAUACACCUAAAGGCAAAACUGAAUCUCAGAAACACGAAAAAACGUGUGUUUGCUGUAUUUGUCUAGGAAAAAGAAAGACAGUCACAGACAGUGUAGGCAAAUCUGAUAAAGUAAGUAAAAAACAAGGUAUUAAAUUUGGUAAAAAGAAAUGCACCUGUGGAAGUGAAGUGUGCGCGAAAACUGUUGAAGAAAAGAGAUUGAGCAUGCAAGAAGACAAGAAAUCAAAAGAGUUGAAACCAUGCAUAUGUGGAAGUCCGGUAUGUGGAGAAGAAUCUCAACUAAUGCAUAAAAUUACAAAAAGUCCCGGCGAAAUAGUUUGCACGUGUAGAGAAGAAAUGGAAAAAAGAAGGCAAAAGAAAAGGGAAUUAAAUGAAAUAGCGUAUCGGAAGAGACGCAAAAUUCUGUCUCAGCAAGAAAAAAGAGACGAUAGUAUUCGAAGAAAACAUCGGCUUAAAGAAAAUUUACGACUUGAAAAAUCAAUAAAAAAAGAUGCUAGCGACACCAUGUUAUUGACUGAAUCAGUUGUAGAUGUUGCAAAAUUGGGUAUUACAGGCGUAUCCGACCUGCUUCGCAUUUUAUAUAGAUGUGUUAGAGAUCCAAAACACACUUUACACAACUUGAAAUCAAUGCAGGAAAAUCCUAACCUGAUACUAAAGUCGUUGAAAAAUGCUUACAGUGACAGUGGCGUGGCAGCGACUUCGAGAAGAGUAGCGAAGCGUGUUCAAUCAAUGGAAACUGUAAAAUCAGCGACAGAUUUACUGGAACAAUAUCCAGCGACGAAUUAUUUAAUCCACAUUAAUAAUCCGAAGAAACGGAUGCGCAAUAUAAAGAAAAAACGGCGUAAAGAACGCAUUGAUUUCCAUUGUAAUCUUUUCAUGAGCUCUUUAAGGAAGAGACCGUUUAUGUGGAUAUAUGAUCGUUGUCCCUGGUUUUAUCCACAUUGUUUAUCAAUUCUCAAUGUUUGGCGUCAAUUUGCGGAUGUAAUGUUGUUCUUGUUAGCUGUUGUUGUAUGGAGUCCUUGUAUUUUUGCCAUGGAAAUGUGUAGAGCCGUGAUGUGUUGCACUUUGUGUACGGGUUAAAGUGAUGUAUUAAAUUUGUUGUAUUUUUUUGGUAUAUUAUGUGCAAUUAUUAA